CAGCAUCCUCCUGAUCUGAAACUUCACUGUGAUACUGAAGAACUGCAGAUAGUGACAUGGACAGAAUAGAUUUGCCCCCAGUGGGUCCAGAUGAUUUGCCCCUGUCUUUGCUGGAGAUGGGCUGCUCUGGGAGAUUUGAGCUCAUCACACACCCACUGCCCAAGAAUAAACCCCUGCCUCCACUGAGCACACUGCCCCAUGGGCUACCUCCCACCUGCCUGGAUCUGAAAACAGAGGUUGAGAAGCGUUUUCUCAGAGAUCCUGCUUGUCUCCCCAUACAUGAUGUGGAUGACGCCUUCAACAAGUUCCUCAAGAUUAGUAAGAGAAAUAGAGAAGUGGAUUCUCUUCUGAACUGCUCUCUGUCUCCACUGCACUCUGGUCUGUCUGUAGUCAGAGACCCCACCACCGGGAUGCUGCUGGAUUUCACUGAGGUGUUAUUAGAGGACACAGGGUUAUCUGCAAAGAAUUCACUCUCAUUGCAAAGACAGCCAGGACCUCCAUCAGAGAGCCUUAGAGGGAGUAAUACAAACUACCCAUUUUUGCCAGCUGGAAUGGAAGAACUGACGUUGGAGCAGAUAAUAAAUAAGUCAGAAAUGGAAGAGGACAUUGACUUUGAGAAAGAUUUGUUGACUGUUCCUCCUGGACUGAAGGCUGGUAUGGACUUUAUUGAGAAAGAAGCCAAAACCAUGAAGGGUGAGGUGAACUUGCUGUCGCUCUUGUCAGUGUUUGAUGAUGUCAUUGACACUCUGCCAGAGGAAAAAGAGGGAAAUUCACAAAAAGAGGAGACCAUUAAACUUCCCAGAAGCAACAGCCUGGAGGACCUGGGAAUUAAAGAUUCGUCUGUCUCUCCUUCUCAACCUCCAGCAAACAGGGUUGGUGAGACUGAACAAAAGAAAAAAACACAGGGUGAGGAGAAGGGAGACAAUAAAAAAUGGGCAAUUCCAGUGGAUAUCACCUCACCCUGUAAUGACUUCUGCAAACGCAUCCCUGAUCCAGCCUUUAAGUAUCCCUUUGAGUUGGACGUGUUUCAGAAGCAGGCUAUUCUCCGUCUUGAAGCUCAUGACUCUGUGUUUGUAGCGGCUCACACCUCUGCCGGCAAAACUGUGGUGGCUGAAUACGCCAUCGCACUCUCCCAGAAGCACAUGACCAGGACCAUCUACACGUCCCCCAUUAAGGCCUUGUCCAAUCAGAAGUUCCGAGACUUCAAGAACACUUUUGGUGAUGUGGGGCUUUUGACUGGAGAUGUGCAGCUGAAUCCAGAAGCCUCUUGCCUCAUCAUGACUACUGAGAUUUUGAGGUCUAUGCUCUACAAUGGGUCAGAGGUCAUUCGUGACUUGGAGUGGGUAAUUUUCGAUGAGGUUCAUUACAUCAAUGAUGCAGAGAGAGGUGUGGUGUGGGAGGAAGUGCUCAUCAUGUUGCCGGAGCAUGUUAGCAUCAUUCUGCUAAGUGCCACAGUGCCCAACUCUGUGGAGUUCAGUGAAUGGAUCGGUCGUAUGAAGAAGCGGCACAUCUAUGUGAUCAGCACCGUUAAGAGGCCCAUCCCUCUAGAACAUUAUCUCUACACAGGCAACAGCACCAAGACUCAGAAAGAGCUCUUUCUGUUGCUGGAUGCCACAGGAAACUUCAUCACCAAAGGCUACUAUGCUGCAGUGGAGGCCAAGAAGGAACGUACAAGUAAACAUGCACAAUCUUUUGGCACGAAGAACGCAUCACAGAACACAACAGCCAGUCAGGAUCGAGCAAUAUGGCAGACACUCUUAAAUUAUCUGUCUCAGAGGCAGCAGACCCCAGUGGUGGCAUUCACAUUCUCCCGUACACGCUGCGAUGAAAACGCUCGAUCUUUGACAUCUCUGGAUCUGACCAGCUCCGUAGAAAAGAGCGAGAUCCAUUCCUUCCUCCAGAAGAGUCUGAGCAGGUUGAGAGGAGGAGAUCGGCAACUGCCACAGAUUCUGUUGAUGCGGGAUUUGCUAAAGAGAGGGAUUGGUGUUCACCACAGUGGCAUCCUGCCAAUCCUGAAGGAGGUUAUUGAGAUGCUCUUCUCCAGAGGUUUAGUGAAGGUGUUGUUUGCCACAGAGACAUUUGCUAUGGGCGUGAACAUGCCCGCCAGGACUGUUGUGUUUGACAGCAUCCGAAAACACGAUGGCACUGGCUUCAGAAACCUACUUCCUGGAGAGUAUAUUCAGAUGGCGGGCCGUGCUGGCAGGAGAGGUUUGGAUGCCACAGGAACAGUUAUAAUCCUCUGUAAGGCUGGAAUUCAUGAUAUGGGAGAUCUUCACUCCAUGAUGCUGGGGAAACCAACAGUGCUGCAGUCUCAGUUCAGACUGACUUACUCUAUGAUCCUGAACCUGCUGCGUGUGGAGGCCCUGAGGGUCACUGACAUGAUGAGGAGGAGCUUUUCUGAGAGUCACAGAGACACACAGGCCCAUGAAAAAAGAAUAAGCGAGCUGAAAAGCACUCUUUCUUCUCUCCCUCCACUGGACACUGAGGGUCAGUUGUCUGACUUACUGUCAUAUUACCACACCAUCACAGAGCUGCGCAUUACCACAGAGAUCCUGCAGCGAGCUGUGCUGGAGUCAAUGAAUGGACUCAAAGCUCUGUCUGUUGGGAGGGUGGUGAUAGUGAACAAUGUCCAGCAUCACAACGCCCUGGGAGUCAUUCUACAGGUGUCCAAUGAUGCUGUAAAUCGCAUGUUUACCGCUCUCAUUAUCUGUGAGAAGGGUAAUGAGGAGCUUGGUGCUGAUAGGUCAAACAAAUACUUACCCCCCAUCUACAGCGCUACACUGUUUAUUCCAGAGGGACCCUGCAGUCAUACAGUGCAGAAGCUGAAGCUGCAGGACAUCUCUGCCAUCACAGCCAAAACACUCAAAGUCAUCCCAGAGAGAAUCAUCGACAACUACAAUAAAAGGCAGCAGCCACGCUUCAGACUUGAUCCACCAGGUCAGGCCAUUUCUACAGCAACACAAGAGCUCCUGCGAUUGGCCGAGGCCAAUCCAGGUGGCAUAGCGACCCUUGACCCUGUGAACGACCUGCACCUGAAGGGUGUGGAUGUGGUGGAGGGGGUGAUUAGACAGCGAGUGUUACAAGACUGCCUGAAAGACUUCCACUGUAUCCACUCACCCACAUUCACUGAACAGUUUGCACGCAUACAGGAGAGGAUGAGUGUACAGGAAGAGCUGGAUAAACUUCUGUUUCUUGUGUCUGAUCAAUCACUGACACUGCUGCCUGAGUACCAUCAGAGAAUCAAGGUGCUGGAAGCUCUGCAGUAUGUGGACAGCACAGGGGCUGUUCAGUUGAAGGGGCGAGUGGCGUGUCAGAUCAGCAGUCAUGAGCUGUUACUGACGGAACUCUUGUUUGAGAACACGCUGAGUCCUCUCGCCCCUGAGGAAAGUGCCGCCCUGCUGUCCUGCCUCAUCUUUACACAGAAUACCCAGAUAGAUCCGCACAUCACCAACACGCUACAGGAGGGCAUCAAUCAAGUACUCUGCGUGGCACAGCGUAUUGGUGAUCUGCAGAGGGAUUGUGGGAUAACUCAGACUGCUGAAGACUUUGUGUCCCAGUUCAAGUUUGGCCUGACUGAGGUUGUGUACUGCUGGGCACGAGGCAUGCCGUUUGCUGAGAUUGCUGAGCUGACAGAUGUGCAGGAGGGAACGAUCGUGCGCUGUAUCCAGAGGCUGGAUGAGGUGCUGAAGGAAGUGAGGCAGGCCGCUCGCAUCGUAGGCGACUCCGUCUUGGGUAGCAAGAUGGAGAGAGCCUCGCUGGCCAUACGCAGAGACAUUGUGUUUACCGCAUCACUCUAUACACACUGAGAGAGAAUAACAGAAUGAAUGUGUGCUUGUGUGUUGAUUCAUAUGAAAUGGGAUUUAAAAAGUUGUUUACAAAAUAUGGACAUAAGAAACUGUACUUGAAUUACUGAGUGCAUGUUUACAUUGAGUUGUGUAUGUGUGUGUCUGAGCUGAGGAAUAAUUUACACCCCACCCCUCACCUGACCAAACUCAAUCUGAAAAGGAAGUUGGAACCAAUCAUAAACUGUAAUUGAUAAUAUGACUAUUAAAUCAGAAGUGCUCUUCAACCUUUGCUUCAUCCAUUUUGUCUUUAAAUGUUUCUGGGCAAGGACCCCUCAGUGGAUAGGGAGACAUAUUGUAUACGACUGAGUGUUCCAUGUUAAGGCUGGCCUAAUAACAUGCAUAGAAUGCCAGGUUACUGUAUUUUCAUACUUUGUCAUGAUGCUUAUAUUGCAAAGCCAUUAAAAAAAGUC